UUAUGUAAACAUAUUGCUAUAUUAUACAUGUAUAUAUAAAUGGAAAUAGAUCAAUAAAUAUAGAAGAUAAAAAUUGUAAAUAAAAUGCAACUAUUUAAAUAUUGAUAUAAUUUAAAUAACUUUAAUCGAUUAUUACGAAAUUUUCGAUAUCUUUAAUCAACAUGAAUCGAUAUACAAUCGAUAUGUUAGAAACGGCAGAACGCCCUAAUUUGAUACCUUUUCAGGAUACUCAAUAUAGUUGGACGGAUGAUUUGCCAGUAUGUAAACAAUCAGGAGUAGGAUUUUCUACGAAUCAAAUUUAUCGUGAGGAUGGAUAUCGGCAAGAGGAACAUCCAUUUGAAGAUCGUAGCUUUCAUUGUCGUUAUGAUGAUUCGACAUUUCUUUAUGGAGUAUUUGAUGGUCAUGAAGGUACAAAAGUUGCAAAUUUUGCUAUGCAGCGAAUGGCUGCAGAAAUUUUACUUGGACAAUUAAAUGGUAAAUCAACAGAUGAAGAAGUUAAAGAUGUUCUUAGACAGGCAUUUAUAGCUGUAGAAAGAGGAUAUUUUGAUUCAAUUGGAGAUCUUUUGGCUGAACGAACUAGUUUGCAAUUUGAUAUACCUGAUGGAUUAAAUUCCUAUGAAACAUAUCAAAAAUUUCCUCAUUUGGUUGAUAAAUUAAAUGCAUUGAAUUGUGAGUUAUCAGCAGGAACUAGUGCAGUUGUAGCUCUUAUAUAUCGUGGAAGAUUGUAUGUUGCAAAUGUUGGUGAUAGUAGAGCUUUAUUAUGCAAAACAGAUACCAAUCAAGUGUUAAGAGUUGUACAACUAAGUGUAGAUCAUGAUUUAAGAAAUGAAGAUGAACUAUUAAGAUUAUCUCAUUUGCAAUUAGAUAUUGAUUCCAUAAGACAAGGAUCUCGUCUUGGAAAUCAAGAAACUACACGCUGUCUUGGAAAUUAUCUUGUCAAAGGAGGAUAUAAAGAAUUCGAAGAAUUAGCAUCUGCUACAACAGAACCUAUUAUUGCUGAACCAGAAAUUCAUGGUGGAAUAGAACUUGAUGAAUCUUGCAAAUUUUUAUUGCUUAUGUCUCGUGGCUUAUACAAGUCAUUAGAAGAAGUGACUGGAAUUGAUCAAGUUAAUAUAAAAUUAAUUAACUUUGCAGUUCAAGAGUUUCAAGCCCAAUCUACUUUAACAGGAGUUGCUCAAGCUGUUGUAGAUAAAGUUGUAAGAAUUCAUCAUGAUAUUAACAUGAGUAACUUACAAAGUACAGUAACUACUGGUAAACGAGAUGAUAUAACUCUUCUUGUACGAAAUUUUAAUUUUCCGCUCCCUCAUGCAUUAAAAAGUCCAACUAAUCAAUCAGUCAGAUUUAAUCCAAUUGUUGAAUCUGUUCCAAUUAUAACAAUGCCAGAAAAUGAUUAUUCAAGUACAGGAAUUACAGAAGAAAAUUCCGAUUUAUCGACAACUGAAACUUCAUCAACAUCAGAUAUAUAUCCAGAUGCAAAAUCAACAAACAAAAAUACUAGGAUUAAGUCUUAUGUUAAUUUUUCUGAAUAUUAUGAAAAUGUUGAAAAGAGACGACGAGAAGGAACAUUACCAGAAGGUAUAAAUUUUUAGAAAAUAUUAUGAUAUAAAAUAUUAAGUAUAUAUUAUAUUUAUAAUAAAUAUAAUAAAUAUAUAGAAAUUACAUGUAUAUAGAUAAUAAUUUGCUUUGCAUACAUGUCUUUUAAAUAAAAGUUAGAAAUAUAAUUAUUUAUUCAAAUUGUAUAUAAUAAAUCGUAAAAAUGAAUUUCAUAAUAACAAUUGUUAUACAUAAAACAUUAUUAAAUCUUUGACUUUUUACAUUUUUAUGUAGAAAAAAUAUAUAUAAUUCAUUUUUAUGUAGAAAAACAUAUAAUUUAUAUAUUAAACAUAUAUAAUAAAAAAAUUUUGACAUCAAAACAUUUUUGAAAUGAAAAACUAUUUUCCACAUAUAGUGAGAUUAAAUAUUACAAUAUUACAAAUUUUAUGAAAUAUAUUACUUGUAUAUCUAAAUUACAAAUAUUUUGUUGGAUUAGAUUUAAGUCUUUCAAAUGCAGCUUUUUCGAGACAUUCUCUAUGAUCAGGAUGAGCAAUUUGAAUUAAUGCAUUUGCUCUUUGACGUAAUGUUUUACCAAAAAGAUUUGCUAUUCCAUGUUCAGUAACUAUAUAGUGCGCAUGUGCUCUUGUUACCACAAUUCCACCACCUAUUAAAAAGACUUCAAUUGUAUUUAUGUACAUAAUAUAUUUAUAUUAAAAAAUUCA